GUGUUAUAAACCCUGAUGCUGAACUGGAGAUUACAUGAAGCUUCAUUGAUUUCAAGGACCAGGACAAUUACCAUGGGGUCUAGAGCUACUGAAACAGCCCGGGAACUGGAAGGCACCUCUUUAAAGUACCAAAUAGGAGGACACACUGAGAAAAUGUGGCAACGGCUCAAAGGAAUAUUAAGAUGCCUGGUCAAGCAACUGGAGAAAGGUGAUGUUAAUGUGGUGGAUUUAAAAAAGAAUAUUGAAUAUGCAGCAUCUGUGUUGGAAGCAGUUUAUAUUGAUGAAACCAGGAGACUUUUGGAUACUGAAGAUGAACUUUCUGACAUCCAAUCCGAUUCAGUCCCACUGGAAGUACGGGACUGGCUGGCUUCUACCUUCACGAGGAAAAUGGGGAUGACGAAAAGGAGACCCGAAGAAAAGCCAAAAUUUCGAAGCAUCGUACAUGCUGUACAGGCUGGGAUAUUUGUAGAAAGGAUGUACCGAAGGACCUCUAACAUGGUUGGUUUGGCAUACCCAGCAGAAGUGAUAGUAACAUUUAAGGAUGUUGAUAAAUGGUCAUUUGAUGUGUUUGCCCUAAAUGAAGCAAGUGGAGAGCACAGUCUGAAAUUCAUGAUGUACGAGCUGUUCACCAGAUAUGACCUUAUAAGCCGUUUCAAGAUCCCUGUGCCCAGUCUUAUUUCAUUUGCAGAAGCUUUGGAGGUUGGUUACAGCAAGUACAAAAAUCCAUACCACAAUCUGAUCCAUGCAGCGGAUGUUACUCAAACCGUGCAUUACAUAAUGCUUCAUACUGGUAUCAUGCACUGGCUCACAGAACUGGAAAUUUUAGCUAUGAUCUUCGCAGCUGCAGUCCAUGAUUAUGAGCAUACUGGGACCACAAACAAUUUCCAUAUCCAGACAAGGUCAGACGUUGCAAUUUUGUACAAUGAUCGUUCUGUUCUUGAAAAUCAUCAUGUGAGUGCUGCUUACAGACUUAUGCAAGAGGAAGAGAUGAACAUUCUGGCAAAUUUAACCAAAGAUGACUGGAGAGCAGUGUUCAGGCUUUCUCCUUUGUAUAUGUAUUCUUAUAAUAUGAAACAUUGCUUUUUCCAGGGAGACAAGGAGGCUGCUUUAGGGCUACCAUUUUCCCCACUCUGUGACCGCAAAUCUACCAUGGUGGCUCAGUCCCAAAUAGGUUUCAUUGAUUUCAUAGUAGAGCCCACGUUUUCUCUUCUAACGGACUCAAUGGAGAAAAUUAUUAUUCCUCUUAUAGAGGAAGCUUCAAAGUCUGAAAGUUCUGCCUUUGGGGCACACAGCCAGCAUAGCUUGGGAGCAGUAAGCAAUGCUGAUGUACAAAGAAGACCCAGUGUUAAAAGUACUACAAGUGAUGGAGGGACUUCCACAGACAAUUCUUUAGCAACGGUAGACCUAUCAAGCUUUAAGGACAACUUGGUGCAGAUCAUUCAAGAAAACAAAGAAAGAUGGAAAGAGUUAGCUGUGCAAGACAUAUCAGGAAAAGAAAGUGACAGAAGUAAAGACCAAGACAGUAAAAGAGCAGAUGUAGGAAUACAGGAGAAAGCAUCAAGACGUAGAGAAGAUUUUGUACUGUCUAGUAAAUCCUGUCCUGUCUCAACUCCACUACCAAAUGUUCCCACUGGUUCUGUACUACAGUACCCUGAUAGUAACACAGCUGAGCCAAUGGAAAUCAACUUUUUAGUUUAUAAUGCAGACUCAGAGCUUCUACAGCCACAGGACAGUGAUAUUAUGGAGACCACAGAAUCGUAUGAGGAUUUCAUAGGGAAUGAACCUGCAUGGAGUAAGGAGGGUCGGGACAUAGAGUCAGAUAUACAAGAGAUGAGAGACAUGAUACCAAGAACAAGGAGUCUGGGUCCUAAUGAGAGCGAUGAUAUCAUCAUUGAGGAAUAUAUACCUGACUAUCCUGAAUCCCAACCAUUAACCCAUCCCUGUGAUUACCCUGCCAAAACUUUUCAAGAACACACCACUAAUUUUUCUUUUUUUCAGGCAGAUUUAACUAAGAGUGACAUGGAGAUUUUAUCACUGUGGAAUGAAGAACUUGUGAGAAAUGUUGGUGAACAGCAAAAAGACCAAAGCAGAAAACCCGCAGAUGCACAAUUACAGGAGGAAACAACCAGGACACAAAAUGAGAGUAGUCAGGGAAGCGAUGACACGCCUUUACCAAGAAGCUCCACUCCCAGUUCCUUCGUCCUACAAGUUAUAACUUUCGACUGUCCUCCUAGCGCAUCCAGCUCGGAGAAAUUCACUAACUCUGAUCCAAACCAGAAAGAUCCCACCGAGGCACAGCAAGAAACACAGCCCACUGACCCAUUGAAUGGUAAUAUCUCAUCACAAAACACACAUCAGUCUAACGAAGUGGUGCAGGGUGGAGCUGCCGCCGUGUCUGUUACAUCCCUAUUAAGCUUUGAUAUCCAUAAAAUGUCCAAUUAAGUAGUUGUUCGAGCCUGCAGUUUAGGAAUGGCCCUUCCUCAGGCAUAUGUAGAAACUGAAGUGUCAUCAAAUAAAAAACAUUUGACCUGAAUAAAUUUAACCUUUUUGAUAUUAAGUAUUUGAUAUUUAAUAGUAACUUAUUUGGCUUAAAAUACCAAAAAUAUGACAGUUGAACUCAUAAUUUCAAAAUUAUUUUAGAUAUGUAUUUGCAACUAUAGAAGUUUAAGUUACUGGGAAAUUACAUAAACUCUGUAGAAACUGCUUGUCAUUUUCUUUUUGAAUAGGUAAUUCUGCUUUGGCUAUUACAAGGCUUCUCACUUAUUGUAGGGACUUAUGGUCAAAACUUCAUGAAUCAAAUCAUUUGUAAUAAAAAUGAAUACAACUUCCCCCAUUUAUUUUGAUCACUUUAAGCAGGUGUAAUUUGAUCAUUAAAAUAAGUAUAAAAAGUUGCCAUUUCAUUAACAAGGAAGGUGAAA